GGAAACCUUCAGCUUCCUCGGCUGUCCCGUAUCGCUGUACUCCCUGACAACAGAACAGCACACAACAAGGCCACGAUUUGCUUCGAGGUCACCAAAGGCCAGGAAGCAUCCUUAGACACUCUGCAAAAUUCCCGGCAGGGCAUUCAUGUGACUUCCCCGGUAAACCUAGAGCAAGUGAAAGGCAUACAGAUCUCUCGGAGGAAAUCUGAUCACCAUGAUCUGUUCUGUCUUCAUUGCACUAGUAUGUGACGUCGGCUUUUCGACAUGUCAGGGGACUAGAACAGGAAGUCAUUAUAGGGCAGUAAACACUGGACUUGCUCUCUAAUAGUGGUUAAUGUGGAGGCGGGGCUCUAUCGUGGGGUCCGCUCAUUGUAAAUCAGACUUCCAUAUUUAGUCUGUAAGAGGGAAGGCUUCCAAGUUAUGUAAACAAAGAAAAUUCACGAGGGGAGAUGUUCCAUUGCUGUGAUGUCUGGCUCCGUUGUGAUCUCUGAAGCGAGGUUGGAUUUCUCAUGUCUACUGAAGGGUGAGAGAUGUAGACCCGCAGCUCUGUGGUUAGUGUGUUGAUACAACAGUGAGGUCGACCGACCCAUGCCACGUCUACCCACUUGGCAGAGGGUUGUGAAGACACAGGAACUCUGCCGUCAUGAGCGAUGUGCUCUCAGAGAGCUCUGAGGAGGAGAGACCUCAGAGGCCUUCUUAUCUCAAUCUGAAACCUAAGGGAAGCUCUCCCAACAGCUCUCCCAAAAUGUCUCCUCGGGACUCUCCUCGGGACUCUCCUCGCAGUUCACCCCGCAAUUCUCCUCUGCUCUUCCGGAGGCUGAUGAUGAACCGCAGCAUCGCUUUGCAGAGACGCUUCACUCUUGCUCACACUCCCAGUUUUGAUGUGGAGAAUGGAUUGUCAGUGGGCCGCAGUCCUCUGGAAUCUCAGGCCAGUCCAGGCUCUGGUCUCGUGCUGCAGGCCAAUUUCUCCCACAGUCAGAGACGGGAGUCCUUCCUGUAUCGCGCCGAUUCUGACUUUGACCUUUCACCCAAGGCCAUGUCCCGGAACUCGUCCACGGCCAAUGAGCUGGAAGAGAGUUUGAAGCACUGGGAAGUCAACUGGCUGACUCGACAUGGAGAAGACAUGAUAGUAACUCCGUUCGCACAGGUCCUUGCCAGCUUGAGGACCGUGCGAAGCAACUUUGCAGUUUUGACCCAUCAACAGGACCGUGUGCCGAGCAAGAGGUCUUCUGGAAGCCAUCCACCAUCCAUGUGCAAGUCAAAUCUACCAGAAGAGCAGCUGCAGAAGUUGGCAGUAGAAACACUGGACGAGUUGGAUUGGUGUCUCGAGCAGCUAGAUACUCUGAAGACACGUCACUCUGUCAGCGAGAUGGCAUCCACCAAGUUUAAAAGGAUGCUGAAUCGAGAGCUAACACAGCUGUCAGAAACAAGCAAGUCAGGAAAUCAGGUCUCGGAGUUCAUCUCUAACACCUUCUUAGAAAAGCAACAUGAUAUGGAGAUUACGUCACCCCCAACCAAGGAGAAGGAGAAGAAGAAACGGCCCAUGUCCCAGAUCAGUGGAGUGAAGAAGCCCACACAGAGCUCCAGCGUGGCAGUUUCCAGCAUCCCACGCUUUGGCGUCAGCACUGACCAGGAAGAUCAGCUGGCUAAGGAAUUAGAAGAAAUUGACAGAUGGGGUGUGGAUAUUUUUAAGAUAUCAGAGUAUUCCAACAACCGACCGUUAAUGGUAGCAAUGUACACAAUCUUCCAGGAAAGAGACCUGUUAAAAUCCUUUAAAAUUCCUGUGGACACAUUCAUUACCUACAUGUUGACAUUGGAAGAGAACUACCACUCAGAUGUUGCGUACCAUAAUAACAUCCAUGCAGCUGAUGUGGUCCAGUCCACCCAUGUUCUCCUCUCCACUCCUGCCCUGGAGGCUGUAUUCACUGACCUUGAGAUCUUGGCCGCAAUGUUUGCUAGUGCAAUACACGACGUGGACCACCCCGGAGUUUCCAACCAGUUCCUCAUCAACACAAACUCCGAGUUGGCUCUCAUGUACAACGAUUCAUCAGUUCUGGAGAACCACCACCUGGCUGUUGGCUUCAAACUACUGCAGGAAGAAAACUGUGACAUUUUCCAGAACUUGAACAAAAAACAGAGGCAGUCGCUACGCAAAAUGGUCAUUGACAUGGUCUUAGCCACAGAUAUGUCAAAGCACAUGAAUCUGUUGGCAGAUCUCAAGACCAUGGUUGAGACCAAGAAGGUGACAAGUUUGGGUGUUUUACUGUUGGACAACUAUUCUGAUCGCAUACAGGUUCUUCAGAAUAUGGUGCAUUGUGCAGAUCUGAGCAACCCAACAAAGCCCCUGGAGCUGUACCGUCAGUGGACGGAUCGCAUCAUGGUGGAGUUCUUCUCCCAGGGGGACAGAGAGAGAGAUAAGGGUAUGGACAUCAGUCCCAUGUGUGACAAACACAACGCUUCCAUCGCAAAAUCACAAGUUGGCUUCAUUGACUACAUUGUGCACCCACUGUGGGAGACAUGGGCCGACUUGGUUCACCCUGACGCCCAGGAGAUUCUCGACACGUUGGAGGACAAUCGCGAGUGGUACCAGAGUAUGAUUCCUCACAGCCCCACUUCAACCCCAGAUGCAACGAGCAGUGUGACCGGGAUGGGAGCAGUGGGGGGAGGUAUUGCUUCAGGGGUUGAGAAGUUUCAGUUUGAACUGACCUUAGAAGAGGAAGGAGAGUCUGAUGUCGAAGUGGAUGAAGAGUUUGACCUUGAUUCCACCCGGGCUGAUUCAGAUAGAAAACAUCAAGCUUUAGCUCCCUGCACACAAGAGGCCAACCUGACCACACGGUCCCCAGGCUGCAGGACUCUUUCUUUUGAGAUGGGUGAGCAACCAGACAGUGAAGACGAGGACAGAGAAUUUGACCAAGAAGGGAAAAGCGUGUCGUUCCUGAGCCUGGGAACAUAACAACAAUGCACUUUUUUGCUUUGUUUUAACAUUCAUUAGUACCUCUUUUGCACCAGAUCCCCAUCCCUCUCCAUCCCAUUCUUAACUUCCUCGGGCAGACGGGACACAGAGCAGGAGAGCCAAGGAGGGGCAGGAAAGCUUCCUUGAGACUUGUUUUUAUAUAGCCGUCACCUCGCACUGGAGAAAGCGCCUAGUCUACAGACUAUAAAACUUUUGGUUUUUGUAGUUCUCAGUCUUGUGAUUUCAGAAUGGCGUUCGGCUUUACUGUCAUGCAGUCGAAGCAGAAAACUGUCGGUGUCUUACGGACGAAGAGGAAAUGUACUUUAAAGUGUCUUCCCGUGACAUCUGGGGUUCGAUGUAACGGAGUUUUUAGCGGUUGUCAGAACAUUUUUGAUGAUGAUUGAUACGAAGGAAACUUGUAUAUUUUUAUGUAAGACAGAUGUGCACUAAAAUGAAUUUUUUUAAAGAUACACUGUUGACUUAAAGCUGGUUUAUAUAGCUGAACAAAAAACGACUUACCUUAACUUAACAACACACCUCAGGACACAAAGAAAUGAUUGCUUUCAUGUAGCACACAGCUUUGAGGGUACCCAUGUAGCGACCACAGUCUUCCUUGGAUUGCUAUGAAAAUCUAUAGACAGAAGCCAAGCCAUGAUUGUGAUCUUUUGUAUUUGUAUGUGGCUCCACCUAGUGCUUAAUAGUUAAACUAGAGCCGCAAACGUAACACUAGGACAGAAUACAGUGGCUCUAUAUUGUUACGCACAUUUGCACAGAAUAUACUUAUUUCAAUUGAGUUGUAACUUAAACCCUUUCUCUUCUUUGCUUCUUUAAUUUAUGUCAUUCACAUUGUUUACAUCCUUCUUGUUUAUGUUUUCUAUUCCGCACCAUCCAAAGCGUUAUUAUAAUGUAGCCUAUGUUGAAUCCAUUUUGCAACAGCUUGCUUCUGAUCAUUGCCAAACGUUGCUCCAUUAGUAAGGCCUGGAGUGACUAAAACACACCAAAGUCAGCAGGGUUACCAGCACGUGUACACACCCUGUAAAUUGUGCUGUUUGGUCUAAGAAAAGGCUGGGCUCUGACAUCAACGUUAGCCGUCGAGGAAGUGAGUCCUUAAACCACAUGUGUACUUUUUCUGUGCAGGUCACACUGAAAAUACGAGACGUUGAGGUAUAUUAACAUCUUUACAAAUGUAUUAAACUCUAAAGGAGUGAACAAUUUUGUUAUAUAUUGAAAGCUGCAGAAUGCACAAUUCAUGCCUAAAUUAAACUGUCUAAUACAAAGCCAAAGUUAGUUUUCUGUCCCAGACCGUUUCUGUUCUUUGGUUUUUGGUGAUGGAUCAAUCCUCUGCUCUUCACAGGGACAAAGCCAAUGAUGGUACAAGUGCCAAGCAAGCAUGAUCCAUGCUGUACUGUAAUUUCCAUUUUGCCACUGGCUAAUUUCCACCAAUGACAUCUACAGUCCGUAAUCCACCAGUUUGAUCCUUGCUUAAUUUCUUCAACACUGUGUCACUGAAACACAUGUUGUCAUUUCAACACAUUUCUUUAAAAUGUUAAAGUUAAUGAUAAAUAUGUAUUUUUGAUUGAGUAACACGUUCAUUGUAAGUCGCAGAUUUGUGUGCCAUUUUGAUACAAUAGUAUGAAUUUCAAUCUUUGUACUCUUCAAAUAUAAAUUGAUUAUGAAAUUGGACUUUUCAUCACAGUGUUGUAACAAAAACUGAGUGGUCUUAAAAGAUUAUUUCUCAUCGUGGCACGCCUCUGUUUUGGUCUUUUUCUGUUGCAUCUGCCUAUCUGACAAUCUCAACAGUACUGUUUACCACUACAACGCUGUUACUAAGGAUGCUGUGAUUGUUUUCUUGUUCCCAAUGCCAAUAAACUAAAAUAUUAGUA